CAGAAUUGCCUCUCUUGACCUGCUGGCCACACUUCUCUUGAUGCAACCUAGGAUAUGAUUGGCCUUCUGGACAGGAAGCACAUAUUUCUAGCUCAUCUUUAGCCUUCUCAUCAACUGACACAUCCAAAUCCCUCUCCUCAGGGCUUCUCUCAAACCAUUCUCCACCCAGCCUGUAUCUGUGCUUGGGAUUGCCCUUACCCAGGUGCAGGACCUUGCACUUGGCUUUGUUGAACUUCAUGAGGUUGGCAUGGGCCCACCACUCAAGCCUGUUCAGGUCCCUGUGAAUGGCAUCCCUUCUCUCUAGCAUGUCAGCUUGGUGCUACUCAGCUUGGUGCUGUCUGCAGGCUUGACGAGGAUGCACUGUCCAUGCCCACUGUCACAUGUGACACUGCCCACUGUCCACGUUGCCUUCAAAGAUAUUAAAUAGCAUUAGACCCAGCACUGGUCCCUGAGGAACAUCACUCGUCACGGGUCUCACUUGGACAUUGAGCCAUUGACUGCAACUCUCUGAGUGUGACCAUCCAGCCAAUUCCUAUUCCAGUGGAUGAUCCAUCCAUCAAUUCCAUUUUGUCAUGCAGGGCAGCGUCAAAUGCUUUGUAUAGGUCCAGGUAGAUGACAUCAGUUGCUCUUUCUUUAUCCACUGAUGUUGUAACUCCAUUGUGAAAGGCCACCAAGACAUCUGAUUUUUAUGGGACUGCUGAAGUGUUGUUUUCUGAUAGCCGUCACAACAUUGGCCAAGUAAUUUCAGACCACUGGAAAAUACUGCGAUGAAGAGUGUUUGUUUAUUUAUUAGUACUUUUGUUUGUUAGAAUAGAUAAGUUCUUUUGGGUUAAGCAGCAGAGAGCAGAAAGCUUUCCCAUACACAGGUAAGCUGCCUGCCAUAGAAAUUGCUCCUUUAAAACUUGUUUAGCUGCAGCUUUAUCUUGUAGAGGUGAAAGGAGAAAGGACACUUUUCCAGGUGAGGGUGUGUACUGGUGUGUGUGACAGCUGGAGACACUUUUCUUUUUGCUGCAAUACCUGUAAAAACCAGGGCAUGAUUCCUUUCAGGUUCUCCAACAGCAGCAAAGUCCUGUCUGAGUUUCUCUUAAGCAUGAGUGUGAAACUUAGCCGUAACCUCAUUUAGGGUUGUUCUGGCCAGAGAAUAGCAUCCCACUGGUUUUUGAGCUAGCUGAGGUAUUCUCUGUAUCUUGACAGUUUCUAGCCUUGCUGGGGGAAAACAGUAUGUGAUGGAACGUGUGCUUUUAUGAGCUCUUUUUUAGAUGGAGAAAAAGGAAAUUACAUCGAUCUUUUUUUAAAAACUACCAAGAAUUCAGAUGGCCUGGGAUUUGUGCAUAUCUGACAUACUGUGCACAGUACAAGAACAAAUGCUGGUUUUCUCUAGAGGAUACUUCUCCUGGAGGAGAGAGUGAAAAAUAGCGUGCUGCUGCAUGACCAUGUUCCAUUUGCUGUGCAAAUUGAAAGGUUUGCAGUCAGUGAGGCUGGGGAUUACAGAAGAAAAAGGGAUGAUAUUAAGAUUCUCAAGCUGAAUUUCAUCCCUGCCACAAAUUCUCUUUGUAAGCGAUGACAAUUUUCAGUUCUGCGUGCCCGUUCUGUUUUGUUGUUCACAAUGUUUAGCAUCCUUCCAUGUGCGGGGCAGGCCAUACUGAGUUUGUGGUGUAGAAGGCAGAACCAGGAGCAGGGGGUUAAGGCUGCUGUUCACUGUUUCAUCCUGCCUCAGGGUUGUUCAUUGGUUCUGCAAAGUCUCCUAUCUCUGUCUGUUAAAAUAAAUAUUAAUCCUGACUCACUUUUCAGUGAAUUAGCAUUUGAUCAGCUUUAGUUUUGCACAGAAGUAACUAAAUGGUGUUAUUUACCAGCUGUUGUGCUGUUUUUUGGGUUUUCUUUGUUUAUUAGUGAAGUGAGUUCUUGGAUGGGGUUAGAAUGCUGUGUCAGAAUGACUGACUGUAUUACAAAAAAAGUUUUCUGCUUUUCUGCUUAUUAUAAUUCAUGCCUUUCUGCGUGGCAGCUUUCUGUUAGCUGAUCUGGUGCUGUAGAAUUGAACACCUGGGUUAAACGCAUCAAGUUUUUAUAGUCUUUCUCCCUUAUGGUUGACAGCAGCUAGAGGCAUGCUAGUGGGAACUAGGAGAGAGUUCUGGGAAUCACUGGACUGCUGUGGCGUUAGUUAAGCUGAGCAGUCAGUACUGUUGAACUUAGCUUUGGUUUGACAUCGUGGACAGGGACUUCACUUCUCUAUGUAUUCUUCUUUCCCUGCAGGCAUUGAGAACCUGCCUUUUGAACUGCAGAGAAACUUCCAGCUCAUGCGAGAUCUGGAUCAGAGAACAGAAGACCUCAAGUCGGAGAUCGAUAAGCUGGCCACAGAGUAUAUCAGCAACGCACGGACUUUGUCGUCAGAGGAAAAACUGGGGCUCCUCAAGCAAAUCCAGGAGGCCUACGGGAAAUGCAAAGAAUUUGGGGAUGACAAGGUUCAGCUGGCUAUGCAGACCUAUGAGAUGGUUGAUAAGCACAUCCGGCGGCUGGACACAGAUCUUGCUCGCUUUGAAGCAGACCUGAAGGAGAAGCAGAUAGAAUCGAGUGACUAUGACAGUUCUUCCAGCAAGGGCAAGAAGAAGGGCCGAGCCCAAAAAGAGAAGAAAGCUGCACGUGCACGCUCUAAAGGGAAGAAUUCUGAUGAGGAGGCACCAAAGACUGCCCAAAAGAAAUUAAAGCUUGUCCGCACUAGCACAGAAUAUGGAAUGCCUUCAGUCACAUUUGGCAAUGUGCAUCCUUCAGAUGUAUUGGAUAUGCCUGUGGACCCCAAUGAGCCUACUUACUGCCUCUGCCACCAGGUCUCCUACGGGGAGAUGAUUGGCUGCGACAACCCAGAUUGCUCCAUCGAAUGGUUUCAUUUUGCCUGUGUGGGUCUGACAACAAAACCAAGAGGAAAAUGGUUCUGCCCUCGCUGUUCCCAGGAGAGGAAGAAGAAGUAAAAUCCCAUGAGCCUCGGAUACUGCUGCAGGAGCUCUCUUCCCCCUGCCAGGGCCUCGUCCCAGCUCCCCCAGCCCUUGGGACCUUGGCUAGGGGGAGUCUUUGCCCUGUUUGUGGUUUGGGCCAUCCCUGGAAUGGUGUGUACCCUCACGGCAGUUCCAGUAUGUUCUGUAUCCCUGGCUGCUUCCGAAUCCCUAAGGGAGGCCCUCUCUGUGUACUAUUCCAAACAGGUCUCUGAACCUCAAAGGGAGUGAAUGAGGGCACCAGGGUAGCCACCAGAUUCCCAGGGAUUCAGGUAGCCCCUGAUUUUCCUUGGCUUUCCUUCAGCCUCCUCAGAGUUCAUUGCCUACUCUCUGCUGAGAGAACAAGGCUAUGGGAUGGGGGAAGGAAAGGAGGUAAGUCUUCAGCAUUUUAGGUCUUCUAUUUUCCUGGAUCUUUUUCAGGAGAGAGGGAGUAACCAGGCCACUGCUUAAUCUAGUAGCUUGGUUGAGAGACUGAAAACUUAAUGUGCUCCCUAUCUUUAAUCAUUCCACUACUUUGUCUGGCAUUGAGCAGCCUCUUUUGUUGGGGCAAGGAGGAAGGAGUGUUUAGAGCUAGCUUUCUCUCUUACUCCUGGGGUAAACCUGCUCUCCUGGGAAGCACACUGUAUGAAGGAAGAAGAAUUUCUGGCCAUGUGGUGAGAAACGGUUUGAUCUAGCCUGUCUUCUGGCACCAGAAUUCUCCCUCCCUUUAGUACAGUGGAGCUUCUCCAUUAUGUUGAUGAUGAUGGAAAGUUCGGGGAUCCAAAUCCCACUUGUAUACUAUAGAACUAAAUAAAAUUCAUUCAAACAAAU